AUGGCGGGCCUUGCGAUGCCAGAGACCGAUGGUGCGGCUGGGCAGGGUCCACUUGCCAAGCAUCCCCUGGGGCUUGGUACGAAGCCCAAGCAGCCGGGAGGCUGCCCAGAGGGGACGCUGGGGCAUCCCAGGCAGGGGCCAGCGCAGCAGCCACAGGGCAGCAUCAGGCCUGCUCGAGGCAUUGUCUCCUCCUCGCAGCCCGACGGCACCCGUGUUCCUCUGGAGAUCGUGCUGAUGGAGAAGGUGGGCUCUGGCUGCCGCUCAAUCAUCCAGCUCCUCGACUGGUUUGAGCUGCCUGACAGCUUCCUGCUGGUGAUGGAGCGUCCGGAGGGAUCGAAGGAUCUCCUGCAGUUCCUGCAGGAGCAGGAGUUCCUGUGCGAGGAGGUGGCGCGCUGGCUUUUCCGCCAGGUGCUGGAGGCCGUGCGGCACUGCACCGCCUGCGGCGUCCUGCACCGCGACAUCAAGCCAGAGAACCUCCUCGUGGACCCGGAGAGCGGCGACCUGAAGCUCAUCGAUUUCGGUUGCGGCACCUUCCUCCAGGAGCGCGCCUUCACACGGUUUGCCGGAACACGCGCGUACAGCCCACCCGAGUGGAUCGGCCUCGGCUGCUACCACGGCCAUUCAGCCACCGUCUGGUCCCUGGGCGUGCUGCUGUACGCCAUGGUCUGCGGGAGCCUCCCCUUCGGGGACGACCGUGCCAUCGUGUCGGGGCAGCUCUUCUUCGAGCCCUUGGUCUCUCCAGAGUGUGAACAUCUGGUCCGCUGGUGUUUGUCCAAGCACCCCGCCGACAGGCCGGAGCUGGAGCAGAUCUUCUGGCACCCUUGGGCCACUCGCUUUGGAAAGAACUAUAAAAGCACCCCCAGACUGAAGACCCACUGGGAUCCCCCCAGACGGCAACGGACAUCUAUUGGCUGGUUCCACAAGGAUCGUCUGCCCGUCUUGACUUGUGCUCCAGAGUCUUCAUCAAGGGAUCGCUUCCAGCUACUGAGGAACAACCCCCGAAAAAUUCGCCAGCAGAAAAGUGUCCUUGCCCGCGACCCAGGGGAACUUAUGCGAAAAGGAAAGAGUUUUUCGAUGCGGCUGCCUGGGUAA